AUGGUGGAUAGUCUGUCAACAGAAGCGUUCCUUCUUGUCUAUCGCAGAUUCGUCGCGCGACAUGGGAAGCCUUGCAGAAUUCGUUCGGACAACGCUACGACGUUCAAGGCUGCCGCGGAGAAGAUAGAGGUAGUGUGGAGCUUCAACCCUACCGCAGCACCCUGGUUUGGCGGGUUUUAUGAGCGCCUGGUCGCCUGCGUGAAGACACCUCUGAAGAAGGUGUUGGGCAAAGCGCUUCUGAAACCUGAGGAGCUGGCCACAGUCCUGGCGGAGAUCGAGGCAGUGGUGAAUUCGCGCCCGCUUACGUCCGUAUCAACGGACAUCGGUGAUGACAUGGCCUUGACCCUGGCCAUGAUGAUGGGAGAUGUCUUUGCACCAGGGGCCCCCGAGGUAGAAGACGGCGUUACAGCUGCACAAUUGUCGGCCCGGUUCAGUUACAUCAUCAAUGUCAAGGAGCACCUGAGGAAGCGGUGGCGGGAACAAUACUUGGUCGGCCUCAGCAGCUACCAGUCCGCCCAGGCCCGUCCGAUCAAGGCUGGCGAGGUUGUCCUGGUUGUUGACGACAAGAAGAAGCGGCACCUUUGGCGCCUCGGUAGAGUGAUAGAGCUGUUCGCUGGUCGAGAUGGCAAGAGCCGAGUAGCACGGGUGAAGAUUGGUAACAGCACCAUGCUCCGGGCAAUUCCCCGUCUGGUUCCGUUUGAAGUGGCUAGUGAGCCCGAGCAAGUGGCUAGUGAAUCGGAGGUGCCAAUCGAGCAGCUGGCAAAUACUCCAGCGGAUGAACAGAGUUAUCCCGUCUCAAUCCCAGCAAGUCCAGAUGUGGGGCAACCGGCUGAGCCCCGAGAGUCACCUUGUUUGAGGAGGUCUAGGCGGGCCGUCAGGAUCCCAGCUCGUCUUGACUUGUAG